AAGCGCGGAUCGUAACAGGCGUUUGAGAAUUCCGAAAAUAAUCUUCUUGUCACAUAUGUUUCACAAUGAUUCUAAAUUCAAAUUUUUAAUUGCACAUUUUUUUUUUUUUUACAAGUUAACAGUGAUUUGGAUUAGGAGUUAGGGUGUUUAGGUUGCAUUUAUUGUUGUUUUUUAAUCCCGAGUGUCUUGUUUACACUUAAAUAAUGCAUCUUUAAAAACAAUCACAUGCACGAUAACAAGAUACUGAUAUUGUGCAUCGCUAUGAUGUUGACGCCGCUGUUUUCUUCAUUUAAAGUGACGCUAGAAGUAACACCAAGUCUUGUCUGCUAGUUCAGACAUUUGUCUGUCAGUGUUUGUCCAGUGAUAGAUGUGAUGGAGGGCUUCAAGGAAACAAGAAACUCUAAAACUCUUGGAAGUUUUUCGAUAUCAAAAGGAUCUCCAGUGCAGCCCUGGCACAGUACUCCUGUAAAAAAGAGUCUUUUUGCUGCUAAUGAGGUGCCAGAUGUUUCCUCCACCAAACUCAGAGAUGAAAACAGAACAAGGCCUGCAAGACUGAGUCUACAUGACCUCUCAAAACCUAUGUCCUCUUUCUCAUCAACACAAGACUUCCAGAGGCAGCGUCUGGAGCUGCAGCUUCUCAUAGCAGAACUGAAGGACCGCGACCAGGAGCUCAACACUAUGGCAGCAGCCCAUCACAAGCAGCUGCUGUCCUGGGAGCAGGACCGUCAGAGAGUGCUGAUCCUGGAACAGAGAUGUGUCCGACUGGAGGAUGAGCUGGAGAAGCGUAACGAGGUGAUCAGAGCUCUCAGUAAGCGGACGAAGGUGGCGGAAUCGAGAGAGAAAGACUUGUACAGAGAGCUCAACAGCACCCAACAGCAGCUACAUGAGCUGAGCUGCACACAGAUGAACACCACCAGACAUGAGCAGGACUUGGAGGAGCGGAACCAGAGUCUGAACUCCACGGUCAUGAUGCUGUCAUCACAGGUGGGUCAGCUGCAGGUGCGCGAGGAGGAGCUCAGCUCUAUGCUAAAACUGAAGGAUAAAGAUAUGAUUGAGGCCACCAAUCACAUUUUAGAGCUGUCCGGUCGUCUUUGCGAACUAGAGAAAUCGCUCGAAGAGCUGCGAACACGUGAGAGCAAAACGCUGCGAGAAAUGGAGGAACACAAACACCGUUUCAGAGAGAGCAGACACAAAAACGCUCAACUGAAAGCCGAGCUUCAGGAGAAAACCAUCGAGAACAACAGCCAGAGAGAAGAGCUCAUCCGCUUAAAACAGGAAAACCAGCUGUUGAAGAAAGACAUCACUUCUGUUGAGCUUCAGAUGAUGAAUGAAGAUAAAAGCUGGAGGGAUGAUUUACUUGAACUCUCCCGAUCAAAACAAGCUCGAGUGGAAUCUGAGCUGCACUGUCUGCGGCAGGUGUGUGAAAACCAACAGAAUGAGCUCCAGCUGCUGAAGUUGAACUUGGAGAGCGCCAGAGAGUCACUCCGACAUCAUGAGGGUCAAAGGUCACGAGAGAGGGCUGAUUCUGGUUUAGGAGACAGUCAUGUGCUAGAAAACAGUGAUCAUCAGGAAGGGACAGAACUAGAAACAGGGCUAAUGUCCACCCUGUGCCAUAGAACAAGCGGAAAUGCCCCAUCGAUUUUAAUGCAGCGUCCUUGUGUUGAAAUGGAAACGCAGACUGACCUUGAGCAUGACUUUGGCGCCGCUUUGAGCACCACAAACCAUGAAUUCACAGAGCUUUCAGCUGUAGUGGAUAGUUGCUGUGGCGCCAACAUUAAGAACAGCUGUGCGACUAGCCAGUGUGACAUCAGUGAACAAGAAUCACCCAAGAUGGAAAUGAGGGAAAGAGCGAACAACUGUGUUGAGCCGUCAUCCCAGUCUCUCUGCUGUGAUAAUGCUGACAUCCCAUCAGAAGAUCCACACUGUCAGGCAGUGCAUUGUGACACUAGAGCUGACGUGGAUUUAAUGGCUGUCAUUGACUAUGAUUCAGAGACAGGAACUCCUGUCUGUGUAGUCGAUGUGGAUAUCAGUCCAAGAAUCUCUUGCGCAGCAGAUCUGAGCCUUCUUCAUCUGGAUUGCCCCUCCCCCUGUCACAGAAGUAGGCGGAGCUCUGUCUGUUUACCCGAUUCUACGCUAAGCAUUGAACUCUGUGCCAAUGAUGUAGCUCGCCAUGCCAGUGAGGAGGGCUACAGCUCGUCCACAACACGGUUACAGCGUCUGCUGGCCGAGUCUCAGGAAAUGGUGGCAAGUUUGGAAAGUUCAACCAAGAAGUCUGUCAGCCCUACGAAACCUCAGAGCCCGAUGAACUGCGAUGUCAUUUGUCACCUCCAAAGUAACCAUGGCAACGGCAGCCACUCCCAAACCUCCACCCAUAGCCAGGAGGGCAGACAAACACACGGGGAAAGUGACUCCCAGAUCGAAAGCAGCCCACGUUUGCAUCAAGGAAGCAAGUAAUGUGGUCCAUAAAGCCACGAGAAGCAGAGAAUCCCCGUUCACUUCCAUCUUCUCCACAGCUUCUGAAAAUAAAUCAGUUCUUUGCAAC